GCCAAACAGAAUGCAAAUCUCCCCCCAAACUAAAAUCCCUCUGCAGCGACUAGCGACGAGCAAAGCGAGAAAUCCCCUCCAACUCUGGCGAAGCUCCGUCUCUGGCGAGCAAACGACGAGGCCUCCCUAUCUUGUCAAUAAUACUUCACUUCCAUCUUCUUCAACACUCCAGAUUACAUGGAUGACGUAUACAACUGAGAUGGUUGAGGAGUUGCCCCCCGCUGGACGAGAGCAUUAUCGUAUAUGGCGAGCACGUGUGCCGUUGAUAUGUUUUGACAUUGUUGAGCUUCAUUUGCCUGAUCGUGUACUGCGACAGUUUGGCUAUGAGCAGGUUAUUCCAG